CGUGGGAAACGACCUAUGUUAUGUAUCCUAAUUCAUGUAUUUGUUAGUUGAAUAUGUUUAUGAAACAAAAAGUGUGUUGUGGAAUUUAAUCGCGUGCGAUGGGAGUCACCGGUCUGUGGCGGCUGGUUGAGCCCGCGGGGAAGCCGGUACCAGUCGAGACUUUAGAGAACAAAGUGCUAGCCGUGGAUAUCUCAAUAUGGUUACAUCAGGUUGUGAAAGGUUAUCAAGAUGCCAAGGGAGCACCUUUACCAAAUGCCCAUCUCAUAGGUCUCUUCCAGCGUCUCUGCAAGCUGCUCUAUUUCAGAAUAAAACCUAUAUUUGUUUUUGAUGGUGCCUUUCCAGAACUGAAAAAAGAAACUAUUGCAAAACGGCAAGAUAGUAAAAACAAGUACCACUCAGAAUCUGAGCGCUUAAAAAGAGAGUUAGCCAUUCUACUCAGCAAGAAAACUGCACUUGGCAGCUUGUUGGGCAAGCAGAUAUCCCCGACUAAGAGGACUAAUCCAGUCAAUAAAGAACAAGAUGACUUGUUCAAGUUGCCAGCCUUGCCACAGAAAGAGGAAUCUGAGUCUGAGUCAUCAGAUGAUGAAGACACAUCAAGUGGCUCCAUUGUGGAUUUACACUCUGUGGACCUUCAGUCUGACAGCUUCAAGAAAUUGCCAACAAAAGAAAAGUAUGAUCUGCUCAUUGAAUUGAAGGAAACAAGAAAAAUGAACUCAUGGGGCAAACUUCACACUCUGCCAAAGAAAAGUGACAACUUUUCUGAUUUCCAAAUGCAGAGAUUACUGAAAAGGAGAAAGGUCCAAGAAUGUAUAGAGGAAACAGAAAAAGAAAUGGGAGAUAUUGGAAUGUCAAUGAAUGAAUUGGAAUCCUUGUUAAAUGAAGAAGGCAUUGACACCAAGAUAGAGAGCUUACCCACUCGACGCAUCGCGUCUAAUAAUAACACUAGGUAUUUACUCAUUAAUAAUGUUAGAGAAGCUCUGGCAAAGGCCAAAGAAAGGAAAGAGGCAGAUAAUAAACCACAGUCAAGCACAAAAGAAUCUCUAUCCACAGAAAAGCCAGGUAAACAUGAUGAAUUGGAAGAUGAUCUGCAAAAGGCCAUUCAAAUGUCUUUAGAAUGUGCUGAUGAACCCAAUACAAGUGGAUGUCAAUCUAAGACUGAUGACUCUUGGACUUCAGUGUUAACAGAUACUGAUUACUCAGAUAUGAGCGAUUCUGAAGAUGAACUCGAACAGCCAGACUUCUCCACCGCAAAAGCGUACAUUAUGCAAUAUAGUGAUUACACUCAUAAAGCCAUUGAAAAAAUUGUUACUCAUCGAACGAAAGGUGGAAAAACGAAAUCGAAGGCACCAGAAGUAAACCAAAUAUUAAAAGAACUUAAUAGUGAAAAGUCAAUAAUUGCUGAUAAUGUAGAACUAUCUUCUAGUGAUGAAGAAUCGCGACCAGAAAUAAUUCAUUAUGAAAAUGCAGAUAAAAAUAGUAUUGGGAUUGAAAAGCAGAUAGAAGAUACACAGGAUAAAACUGUAGAAUCUACUCAAGCAUCAGUUAUGUUUGUUGAAAAUACUGAGCCAGAUGUAAUAUCUUUAGACUCUGAUGUUGAAGAGCCUAUUGAAGAAAUGCAAACAAUUAAAGAAACAGACAAAAGUUUUAAAGUUAGUGAUUUAGAGUCUAGUAGCGUUGGCGAAUUCGCAGAAGUACCUGAUGAAGUCCUAAAAGAACCAGUGAAUGCCAUGAAAGAAAAUUUUAAUCCUAAGGAUCUAGAGUCUAGCGAUUCCGAUGAUAAGUUCGAAGUAGUACCUGAAGCAAUAAAAGAAACAGUGAAUACCAUGAAAGAGAGUGAUAAUGCUAAGGAUCUGGAGUCUAGUGAUACCGAUGAUGAGUUUGAAGAAGUACCUGAACUAGAAGAUAAGUCAUGCAAGCCUAUCGUAGAACUUACGCUAAAAGUGGAUGACAUUCCAAGUGAUGAAGAAGAUAUUUUUGCAGAUGUUUUUUCACCCAUUGUUAAUUCCAACAGUAUUAAAAACCCUUUAAGCGAUACUUUAGAAAAUAUUGUACCAAAGAAAGAACCGACUGAUAAUACAAUAAAAGCCCAACCUAGGUUAAAACCAGAAGAUAAUACCACUCAACAAAAGAAAGCGACGGAACACGUAAAGCAACAAGAUCUAAUUACCGAUGAAGACGAUGAACUACAGAAAGCCAUACAAAUGUCAUUAGAAUGUGUUGAGGAAUCUAAUACAAACCCGAAAGUAAUAAAGGAAUCAUUAGCCAGUGCACAACUAAACAAACAAAAAGGUAAUGAUGGCGAUUUUAAAGAUAAUAUCAUUAUGGAUUCAGUUUGUACGGAUAAUGAAAAAUCUGUAUCUAAUCCUGAACCAAUAAUAGCAGAAUCAUCCUCGGUUAUGCAACCAGAGAAACAAGAGAAUGAUAGGGUCAGUAUUGAAAACAUUCCCAGAGACAACACUAUUGACACUAAUAAUAAGGAAUCUAACAAAGAACUUGUUAAUAACGAUAAACCAGUAGAAGCAAAUAAACAUCCAAAAGAACUUUUAACUACUGAACAACUGAAUUCAAUGGUAGAAGAGAUUCGAAGUGAGGAACAAUAUUUGAACCAAGAAAAAGGCAGACUGGAUCGCAUAGGAAGAAAUAUCACUGAACAAAUGACAAAAGAGGCCCAAGAAUUAUUGCAAAUUUUCGGUAUUCCGUACAUUGUUGCACCAAUGGAAGCUGAAGCUCAGUGUGCAUUUCUAGAGAGUGUCAAAUUGACAGAUGGUACUAUUACCGACGACAGUGAUAUUUGGCUAUUUGGAGGGCAUACAGUUUAUAAGAAUUUCUUCAAUCAAAAGAAACACGUCUUGCAAUAUGUCUCUGAAAGGAUAGAGAAAUCGUUCAAUUUAAACCGGGAGCAGUUGAUAUUGCUGGCGCUCUUGGUCGGGAGUGACUACACAACAGGAGUGGCUGGAGUUGGCCCAGUCACAGCCAUGGAAAUUCUAGCCUCCUUCCCUUUCAACAAGAAGCAAGUGCUUUCAGAAACAUCCAAACAAGUCCGAUACGCCAAGUUGUUGGAUGGAUUGAAAGAAUUUAAACUUUGGGUUAAAGCAGGAAAGAGGACUGAUAACACAAGUUUGAAAAAGAAACUGAGAAAUGUUACUCUGUCAGACGACUUUCCCAGUAUUCGAGUUGUUCAAGCAUAUAUGGAGCCGAAUGUCGAGAAAAGCGAGGACAAAUUUACAUGGGGCGAAUUAGACAUAACUGUCUUGAGAGACUAUGCAAAAAGUAAAUUUGGAUGGUCUCAACAGAAAUUUGAUGAGAUUAUCAAACCUGUGCUAGCAAGAAUGAAAGAUAGGAAGAAUCAAAAGACGGUUCAUGAUUAUUUCAAAAGGAGAAUAGAAUUUCAAACAUUGGAGGAUCAAAUGAGUAAGAGAGUUAAGGCAGCGGUGCAGAAAAUGGGUCCGGAAGGACAAAAUGCCGAGGCAAAUCCUACUGAACAAGAAAAUGUAAAAACUACUAAGAAACGAAAGAAACUUGUUAGGACUUCAACUGAAAAUGAAGCCGGACCUUCUAAACCAAAACAAAAGAAAAAACAAGUAGAAGAUUCUAACCAAGUUGUCAAAGUGGUUGAAGUUAAAGAUGGGAAAACGGCCAUAGAAAUCAACGUACCAAAGACUGAUAGAUAUCAAGAGAUUAUUCCACAAAGAGAGAAAGAUAAACAGCAUCUGCUUGAAAAUAAAAUGAAAGCUAUUGAGAUUUUCAGGAAGACCACUAUAGACCGUAAGCGGAAACCCAAGAAAAGGAAGCCUAUUGUGCCAAAAGACAAGGCAAAUUUGUCUGAGAGCAGCAGCAGUGAUUGAGUUUAUUUUUGUUAUUUCUAUGUGGCGUGUUACUUAUUUAUAAAGGUAAGUAAAUAAAAAAUAUUUAUUU